CUCGCUGUGAAGAUGGCGCUGUCCAGGGUGUGCUGGGCUCCGGCUGUUCUGUGGGGUUCGGCGCUCACCCGUGGACCUUAUGUCACACGCAGGCUGCAACUCAGCCGCUGCGGCCUGGCCUGGGGAGCCCCUCGGUCUUCACAGCUUCACCUUUCUCCAAAGGCAGAUGUGAAGAGCUUGAUUUCUUAUGUGGUGACCAAAACAAAAGCGAUAAAUGGGAGAUACCAUCAGUUCUUGAGCCACAACUUCCCCCGCUUCUAUGUACUGUACACAACCUUCAUGAAAGGAUUGCAGAUGUUAUGGGCUGAUGCCAAAAAAGCUAGAAGAAUAAAGGCAAAUAUGUCGAAGCACAAUAUAAAGUUUCAUCAACUUUCAUACCGGGAGAUGGAGCAUUUGAGACAGUUCCGACGAGACAUCACCAAGUGUCUUUUCCUAGGUAUUAUUUCCGUCCCACCCUUUGCCAACUACCUGGUCUUCUUACUAAUGUACUUGUUUCCUAGGCAACUCCUGACCCAAUAUUUCUGGACCCCGAAGCAACGGAUUGAUUUCUUAGACAUCUAUCACGGUCUCCGGAAGCAGUCCCACACAGACAUCCUUAAACACUUAGAAAGGGUCGCUCCUCUCAUCUCUGAUGCGGGGCUCCAGUGGCAUAUGAAGGAGCUGUGCGCCAAGAUUCAGCGUGGUACCCACCCAGCAAUCCAUGACAUCCUGGCUCUGAGAAAGUGUUUCUCAGACCAUCCUCUGGGCAUGAUGCAGCUGGAGACUCUGCAGAUGAAAGCCUUGAGUCGAGCCAUGCUGCUCACACCUUACCUGCCUCCUCUCUUAUUGCGACACCGUUUAAAGACUCACACCACUGUGAUUCACCAACUGGACAAGGCUUUGGCAAAGCUAGGGAUUGGCCAGCUGACGGCUCAGGAAGUGAAAUCGGCUUGUUAUCUCCGUGGCCUGAAUUCCACCCAUGUUGCUGAAGAGCGGUGUCGAACCUGGCUGGGAGAAUGGCUGCAGAUUUCCUGUAGCUUGAAAGAAGCAGAGCUGUCCCUCCUGCUGCACAACGUGGUCCUGCUUUCCACCAACUACCUGGGGACGAGGCGCUGAGUGAGCGUGGAGAUGCCACUGUCCUGCGGUCACACAGCACAGCAGCGCGGGACCAAGCAGCACUUGCCAGCGAGUCUGUGUGUACUGCCAGGCGUGUGGGAGGGGAGCAGGUGCACAGGCUUCCCAGUGUGGAAGCUGAACAGAAACAAACCCUCUUACCAGGGGUGGCCCAGGUGAGGUGUCACCCCAGCUCCCGCGGAACUAGCUGCCGCGGGCAGCAACCUCCCUGGGCUCUGUGAUGUUCUCAGUUCAGGCCCCAGGCUCCCGCCGCGGUGGGCGCCGCAUUGGUUAGGCCUCGUCCGCUGCGUACUCUGUACAGCUGUUUCUGUGAAAGGCGGUUUCUGGCUCGGGUCGGGAGCAGCUCUGAACUGGGUCCUUUGACCCGUGCAUGUUUCAGUGCUUCCCCAAUCCUCCUGACACGACCAAAACUGGUUUUUUUUUGUCCGCUCCUUGGACUAACCACACCGUCCCCUUUCCAAGUCCUUUGAACACUUCUGUUCCUUGCCCCCUACAACCUCUCCCUCACCCCCCAUAGCUAUGUUAACUUUAGUAGAUAAAAAGAAACAAUUGCUUCUUUGACUCCUUUCCAUCCAACACCCCCUUGUCUUAAUUUCUGGGCUGUGCUACAGCCUCUCUGGAUCUAAACGUGGCUACCCUCACUGCAUUGCAGCAAUACAGCUGUAACCAGAGGUAGCUGCCUUCUUUAAGCCUUGGGUCAAACAUGUGAGGUACCUGCUGCCCAGCCUGGGAGACCAGGAGAGGUCUGCCUCAAGGCAGUAAGUUGGGUUAGUUUGUGUAUGUGUACAUUUGUGGCUUGUAGUAACUUACUGUAAAUGCAUGAAGCACAGUUUUUAAUCCCAAGUAAAGACUGCUUGAAACCAGUAGCUGCAAAUGACUUAUACUCUAUAAUCGCUUUGCUAAGUCUCCUUUUACGAGACUGACAUAGCCUUACUAAUGGGGAGAGAACUCUGGAAUAGUGUCUUCUGAAGGGGGUGGAAGUUAGGAAGUGCGCGAUUUGAAGUCGAUCCUCUUGCUGGAUUUUAAGAUGGUUAUCUAGGAAAAAAGAUGCAAUGGGCCCGAGUAGAGACUUCAGACUGAGAAGAGAGAAGGAGCCAGGCCUGCUUCCGCUGAGCAGUGCAGCGGGCAUCUACGUGAUCAAGUCAAGCUCUUGAUGCUCUGACAGAAUGUUGUUUUCCUACCACAAAACAUCCUGUUUCCCAUUAAUCCCUAACUGACCUAAUUUGCUCUAUACACAGUGCUGGAAGAACACCCUUUCUCUUAACAAGUAACUGUACUGCGACCUGCCAAGAUAAAGGAUAACCCACCAUUCC